AAACAUCUUUAAACAUAGUAAAUUAUCUCAGGUAUUGAAAGGGUUAUUUUAGUCAAGCGACACACCUGGCAUUGAACCUAUUGUUAAUUUAUUUCACAUAAUUAAAUCUAGACAUUUAAUCGAGUUACAGCUUGCUGCUUUCAUAAAAAAACUCAUGUUAGAAUACCCUCUGACUUCUAGGAUGAGCUCAACGUAGCACUGAAAACCUUACAGGAUACUCUGGACUCCCUCAUUAGACUGAAGGGAACCUCUGAAGAGAUGCUCGAGCCCAUUAAGAAUCAGGCCCUGGAGACAGAGAGGCAGAUAAAGGAUCUGUUUGUGGAACUCCACCAGUUCCUGUAUGAUGAAGAGGCAGCGAGGCUAGCUGCUCUGAAGGAGGAGGAAGAGGAGAAGAUAGGGCUGAUGAAGAGUACGGUGACAAAGGCUGCAGCAGGGAUGAUAUACCUCAAAGAGACUAUAACAGUCAUAACACAGGAGAUGACAGAUGCUGAAGACAUGACAUUGCUCCAGAAUUUUAAAGCCACUAUAGAGAGAGCCCAGUGCACAGGGCAGGGUCCAGAGACAAUUUCAGGGGCGCUGAUUGAUGUGGCCAAGCACCUCUGUAAUCUCAAGUACAGAGUCUGGAAGAAAGUGCUUCUGCAUGUUGAAUACACUCCUGUGACCUUGGACCCAAACACAGCCCACCCCUGCCUCUUCCUGUCACAUGACCUCACGUCCCUUCAGUACAUCAGCCAGRCCCACCGUCUCCCUGACAACCCUGAGCGCUUCCACAUGAGUGCAGAGGUCCUGGGCAUGACCGGGCUUAGCUCAGGAAGCCACUGCUGGGUAGUGGAUACAGGAUGUAACAAUGACUGGAUUCUGGGCGUGGCCUGUACGUCUGUCACCAGGAAUGUGGAGGUCCAGGCCCGGCCGGAGAACGUGGUUUGGACCAUGUGUCUGCGAGACAGGGAGUACAGAGCAAUGACCUCACCACCAACAGCCAUGACAGUCACAGAGAAACUCAAGAGGGUCAGAGUGCAGCUGGACCGGGACAAGGGCCAAGUGUCUUUCUUUGACCCUGCUGAUGACGAUACACCCCUUUACUCUUUCUCACGCAAGUUCACAGAGAAAGUGUUUCUGUAUUUUUAUACGCAAAGCAAACACCCUCUGAGAAUCCUACCUGAGAGGACGUGUGUUACAGGGCAACAGAGUGGGGCAGGACAUCCUUGUACAGUUCCUGACUAAUUUCUGUCAACUC